AUGAUAGACAAACUAUUAUUUUGGAAUAUUAGAUCAGUAAACACUCAGAAUGCUUUUCAGAGGUUGACUGAUUUACAUAGGAGGCAUCAUUAUGCAGUUAUAGCAAUUAUGGAACCUUUCCAAGAGCCUGAGAUGAUUGAAGAAUACAGGAGAAGGUUAGGUAUACAAAAUGCAAUGGUUAAUGUGUCAAAGAAGAUCUGGUUAUUCUGGACUGAGGAAUGGCAAGCACAAGUUAUAGUUGAUUCAGUGCAGCAUGUUACUCUCAAGCUAUCUCAUAUAAAUCUGCAGUAUGAAGCAUAUGUUACUGCUGUCUAUGCUAAAUGCAGUGGUGCAGAGAGACAGGAAUUAUGGGACUCAAUUGGACAGGUGGCUCUUAAUGUUCAUGUGCCCUGGAUAGUUGGGGGUGACUUUAAUGUUAUUCUCAAACCUGAGGAAAAGUUGGGAGGCCUUCCAGUUCAUCACUCAGAAACUGCUGAAUUUGCUCAUUUUGUUAAUAAUUGUGGUUUGUUGGAGCUGAAAUUCUCUGGGAGCAGAUACACUUGGUGGAAUGGUAGAAUAGAGGAGGAUUGCAUAUUCAAGAGACUUGAUAGAAUUCUGGCCAAUCAGGAAUUCAUGGAUUUAUUCCCAUCAGGUGAAGUUGUUUAUCAGAUUAGACAUGGUUCUGAUCAUGCUCCUCUCUAUGUAGUUUGUGAUUGUCAGACUGAAGUGUUCAUGGAAGUGGUGGAAAAUAACUGGUGUUUGGAUUUUACAGCUAAUCCUUUCAUUGUGUUUCAUGCUAAAAUGAAAAAGGUGAAGCAGGCCUUGGCAGUAUGGAGUAGGGAAACAUAUGGCAAUAUUUUCCAGCAGAUUUCCACUAUGGAGGAUGUGAUCAAAGUGAAGGAGCUGCAGUUUGAAUUGAAUCCCUCAAGUCUGAAUAGAGAAGCUUUGCACAAAGCUCAGGCUGAUCUUAAUAAUUAUUUAUGCUUGGAGGAGGUAUAUUGGAAACAAAAGUCUGGCAUGAGGUGGUUCAAGGAUGGAGACAGAAAUACCAAGUUUUUUCAUAAUUAUGUUAAAGGAAGAAGGAGGAAGUUGGCAGUUCAUACUAUACAAAAUAGGCAAGGGGACUGGUUAAACACAAAUGCUGAUAUUGGACAGGAAGCUGUUUCUUUCUAUCAACACCAGUUCAGACAAGAAGCAACAUCAGGUGAUUAUGAGAUGCUUAAGAAGAUUCCUAAGGUGAUCACUAAUGCAUAG